AUGUCUUCGAGCACGCACAACUUAAACCGAAAGAGGCCCGCAGAUUCCGAAAUCGAAGGCACUGAACCAGACGAAUCUCCAGAUGACCACGAUAGAACGGAAGAUCUUAAAAUAAAAACCCUGGAUGAAAUUUUACAAGAAAAACGUAGACGGAUAGAAAAGGAUGAUGAAGGUGAAGGGGGAGCAUCACAAGGAAAUUCGAGAACUGCUAGUCCAUCCGCUACAGGUGGAAGGCGAGAAUCGAGAACGUCUUCGAAACAUGGUUCUCCAACUCAGGAAGGAGGAAGUGAGAUUAUUUAUCAGAUGAGUCCUGAACCGCAAAGCUUGUCUCCAAGUAAGUAAUUAGAAAUGUGUGGAAAAUGUGAUAAGUAGAACACGAUUGUGCACGUGGGUGUCCCGAGUGGGUGUAGUUCUCAGUAGGACUGUUGUAGACAGUGACUUAUGUUUUGACAAAUCUGUGCAGUAGUCAUCGUCAGACUGAGGCCCUUUUCAAACAUUGCACUACUGCCGUGUCGAACUCAAAUUAAUUUGACCUGGCAGUUGCACAGCAAUAGCACGGGAGUGGUUUAAACGUCAAAUGUAAUUCAGUCACUCCAAACUUAAAAUAAGCAAAAUAUUGCAGUCAGGCUCAGUAGAGUCAAAGCACUUAAACAUAUACAUUUCAUAAUUUAUGAAGUGAGUUUGGCAUGGCAAUAGCGCUACAUUUGAAAACGAGCCGUGCCACUGCUGUGUAGCUUGGCAGAUCCUGUCUAAUUUAAUUGCUGUGCCAAACUAAAAUUAAUUCAAGGUGCUGCACUGAAUGAUUUUAAUGAUUUUGUCAUUCACAGCAUCAUCUACAAAUGGUACUCCAAUAAAGGCCAAAGGGCAGAUGUCUCAGGAUGAUGAACCUGCAGGGCUUCGCAUCAGACAACGCCGGAAAACAACAGAGGAAGAAGAAGGAGAGAUUGUUAGUGAUCUUUCAGACUCUGAGAGCAAAAAAGUUGAAAAACGGAGAAGACAUUCUUCAUCUAAAAGCCAUGACGCUGCAGAGGUUGGCGUCAUAAGAGAUUCUCUCAGUGAGCAGUCAGAUUCAGAGAACAAAAGGACUGAGAAGAGAAGAAAGUAUUCUUCUUCAAGAACUGCUGAUACUGAUGACAGGCAAAGAGAAAAAGACAACGUCAGUGAUCCCUCAGACCCUGAGGAUGUGAAACGUGAUCAGAAGAUAAAAUAUUCGUCUCCAAAACACCCUGAUUCUGAUUUAAAGGCUUCCAGGCCAUCAGAACAAACAAGGAAGGAUAAAGGUAAUUGUAUAAAAAUUAUUUAAUCAUGCAACCAGGUAUAUUGUGAUUUUGUGAACUUGCAAUAAAGUAAAUGAUACAUGUAUGCCCUCAAAGUGGUUUUAUAAACUCAGAUGAAAAGUCAGGUUUGAAUCCUGGUCAAACCUACUUUUUUUGUUUUGUUUUUAAACUGCUCAGGUUGAACAUGUGAAAGUCAUUUACACAUUCACCAUCUGCACCAUCUUGCCUCGUCUUGCACCCACCACUCCCCUCCCCUCUUACCCAUAAUUUUGGUUAAUAAUAAUUUUUCAAUUUCUCCUGGGUUUAACAGUCAUUACAAGAGAAAUUGAAGAUAAUGCUUUGGGGAUCAACAAGGUGUAUAUUAGGCCAUUUACACUAAGAGGUCAUUUGACAUAGUUUUUAUGAAAGUUAUAUGAUUUUGCCUUCGAAAAUGAUUAGUGGAUCAUAUCUUAAUCAAAAUAAUAGUGAUUUGGUUUAUCAAACCCACACCAUUUUCUUAAAAUGAGUAAGCUCGUAGCUGGUCACGUGACCAAAAUGUGAUUUUUAAAAUUAUGAAUUACCUCUAUCUGAACACAAAUUUUGCUCUUAAACUUCAAGGAAAAUGUUGAAAAGAUGAUGUGAUAACGUUUACAUCACAUCUGAACAUAACUAUCAAACGUUUAACAAGAUAUAAGCAAAAGAGAGUUUUGGCAGCCAUGUGGGAGGGCAAGAGUAUGCCCUUCAACAUGGCAGCCAAUACAAAUCAUAAAAUAUUUCCCUUAAAUGCAUUUCCUCUCAAAUUUCGGGUGUAAGAUAAUUUUUAUAUGCUCUGUCAAUUUUUGGCAUCAGCAAGAUUCCAACUCACUGUUUAAAGCAUUGAUCACGUGGCCUCUUAGUGCAAGUGGCCUAUUGGCAACAUGAGAAUGUUGAUUCAUAAGGAGUUAUCUUAACCCUUUAAGCCCCAAUAUCCACAUACAAAUUCUCCAAACUGAUGUCUGUACAUUUCCGUAAAGAAUGAGUUGAGAGAAUUUGAUAUGAUCAAAGUAUUUUCUCUUAGGUGAUCAUUUAAUUAAUUCUGAUAACCUCAUCUGAUGAUAAUGUAUGGAUAUCGUUAGGAGAAAAUUUCUGUUGGUCACUAUUGGGACUUAAUGGGGUUAAUAUUGUGGUUUUGUUCACUGGUUUGUAGGUUCCAUGGUGACAACAAAGGCAAAUGAAGAGUCAAGUGAGGAAGACAGUAGUAGUGAGGAAGAGAGUGACGAGGACACGGAAACAGCGGCAGCCACCAAGAGGGUACAAAAAGAAACAAAGGAAGUAGCCGAUGAGAAGAAAGUGAGCAGUGAAUCAGAGUCUGAAAGUGAUGAUAGCAGUAGUGAUGAUGAUGAUGAUGAUGAUGAUGAUGAUGAUGAUGACGAUAAUGAUGACAAUGAUGAUGAAGAGGUGGAAGAAAAGAAGGAAAGCAGCAGCAGAAUCAAAGAGCAGAAGGCAGCAAGCAUUAAGUCAAGUGAAGGUAAGGAUGUUGGGAAAAAGGUUACUGCAAAGACCAAUGAGGAAAGUUCAAGUGAGGAGGAAGAAAGUAGUGAAGAAGAAAGUGAUGAGGAAGGUGAUAGUGAAACAUCAGAAGAAAGUGAAGAAGAGGAAAAGAAAACAAAAUCUGCACCAAAGACUGAGAAAGUGACUGAAAAAGGCAAAGAGGAUGAGAUUGAAAUAGAGGAUCUCCAUUCAGAGUUGCAGCAGCUUAAGCAACAAAGACCAACUGAUGACAAAUACAAGCAGAAAACUAAGACAGAGCGCCAUCAUCGCNGAGGAAGGUGAUAGUGAAACAUCAGAAGAAAGUGAAGAAGAGGAAAAGAAAACAAAAUCUGCACCAAAGACUGAGAAAGUGACUGAAAAAGGCAAAGAGGAUGAGAUUGAAAUAGAGGAUCUCCAUUCAGAGUUGCAGCAGCUUAAGCAACAAAGACCAACUGAUGACAAAUACAAGCAGAAAACUAAGACAGAGCGCCAUCAUCGCCGUGAUGAAAGUUCAUACAGGAAAAGGGAGCAGGAAUCACUACAUACAAGGGGUUAUACAUUGAGGAAAGUUUCUGAUAAGGAGAAGGACUUGAAGUAUGAAAGUCAUAGAGAAAGAAGUCAUCGGAAUGACGACAGUAAGAGUAGGUCCUAUGAGAAAAGCAGUUCUGAGGAUAGAAGUCGUGAUAAACACAAGUCAAGUGGUAAUGCUAAGGAUGUAUCUAAAGUGAAAUUAAACAGAACAGGUUCAAGAGAGAAAUAUUCUGAAGGGGAUGUCGAUAAACGAAGGAAGAGUUCAAGAAAAGAUUCAGGCAAGACCAAAUCUCCCGAGGAAGCAUCUAGAACUGCAUCUAAAGGUAAAGAUCGGAAAGAUCGCGGUGAAAGUAGGAAGAAAGCCACUUCGGAGAAAGUGGAUAAAGACAACAGAAGCAGCUAUGAUGUGACUUCUAGCAAAUCAAAGAAAGAUGAAGGGCCAUCAGUGAUCCUGACUGAACGUGAGAGGCGGCAGUUCUCCAAUGAAAUUGUGGACAUUGACAGUGAGGGUAGCAGCGAUGAAGGUGAGGCUGUUGGGCCCCAUUCAGAUGCAGAAAUGAAACAGGAUCAGCUUUCUGACGGUGAGGAGGAGAAGAAAGAAGAGGCCAAACUUCCACCUUAUUAUCCUGCUGUUCGUGGCUGCAGAAAUGUUGAGGAGUUUCAGUGGCUGAACAGAAUUGAAGAGGGAACGUAUGGGGUCGUCUACAGAGCAAAGGAUAGGAGAACAGGUUUGGUUAUUAAUUUUCCUUUCUAUGCCCAUUUAUUUUGGUACAUUCAUUCCUGUUGUAAUUGGGUGAUUUAUGAUAUUGUUGGUGUUGAGGUAUAUGUUCAUGUAGUGGAUUGCAUUAACCUUUUAAGUCCCAAUAGUGACCAACAUCAAUUUUCUCCCAAUGAUAUCCAUACAUUGUCAAGAGACUAGGUUAUGAGAAUUAAUAAAAUGAUCACCUAAGAGAAAAUGCUGUGAUCUUUUGUCAAAUUCUCUCAACUCAUUCUUUAAGAAAAUAUAUAGAGAUCAGUUUGGAGAAUUUGUAUGUGGAUAUUGGGGCUUAAGGGGUUAACUGAUUGAACACAUUGAGGAUAAGGAUUUACAGUAUGUUCUGUACACUUCUUGAAUGCAAAUUAUUGCCACAAUGUUCAUUGAAAUCUUUUUGUAUUUAAUGUACAUCUUUUGCUGUACGUUCGUAGGGUGGGUGCAUGCUUCAUCAGUGUUCUCAACAGAUCGCGCCAUUAUGAGAUGCGCACACUUGCGAAAUGGUGCUCUUAAUAAGUCCUUAAGGGCCCUUCAGUUGCAAAACUGUACUAUUAAGAAGCCAAUUUUGGUUGUAAAUAGGUUUAUUUGGGUUGUAAAUAAGCAUUCAAUUUUUUUCUACUGCUUGGUGCUGGACUAUGAGCUUUUUUAAAUUUAACAAUAAUUAUUGUUCUCCAUAGUGUGACUGCAUACAACAAUAUUCAGCUAAAACAUUUGAUAUUAUUCCAGUCUAAUAAAGUAGUAUUACACAAAUUUUAGUUGGAAACUUCAAACUGAGUAAACACUUGUGACCCAUUCUUUGUUUUAAAUGGCCCAGAAACUUCAAGGCCUGGGGUCAUUGGGCCGUAAAUCACAAAAUUCUGGUGAAAACACUGUUUUUAAAAAUUAGUAACAUUUAAUGUCACAAGUAUUACAGCCUGACAUUGUGUUGUCCUGAGGGGCUUCUUGUAUUGGUGCAACAACGUACACUAUUCUCAAAUUUGUUUCAUUUCAAGGUGAUAUAGUUGCAUUGAAGAAACUAAAGAUGGAAAGAGAAAAGGAGGGAUUUCCUAUUACGUCUUUGCGUGAAAUCAAUACCCUUUUGAAAGCACAGCAUCCUAACAUUGUGACUGUUAGAGUAAGUGCCCUGUUAAAGCCAGCCUGAUUUGUGAUUUUUUCAGUUUCAAGUGUAAUUGUACUUCUGUUUUUUUGUCUAACAAUAACACUUUACUCCAGGAACUAUUCUUUUGCUGAUUAGUCCCCUAACAGCUGUCCUUUUUCUCAUCACACGAUGUUCCUCCCCAAAGGAAUGGCUGCUGACAAGCAAACUACUACCCUGCGAUCAGAGGCGACAUUUUCGCUGUGUGAGCUGGCGUGCGAAAAGUAGCCUCUGCUGACAACCGUUCAAUUUUCUAUCGUGCAUGCACGAGAUUUGUCACGCGAUUCGCAAGCAAAAUUAAUCGUCAGGUCUGUCGUCAAACGACGCGAGUUUCUUGGGAAUAAAAAAAAAUUGUGACAACUCGGAUCUGCUACGCAAGACUCAUGCAAGACUCGCGCAGUGCUCUAAACUGGUCAAGAACUGGAAAAAACCCAUUUUUUAAAUUUUUUUGUCCAGAUAUCUGGACGGAUUUGAAUGGUUGUCGGCAGAGGCUACUUUUCGCACACCAGUUCACACAGCGAAAAUGUAGCCUCUGCUCACAGGGUAGCAAACUACAUUCCUUUACUAUUGUUUCAUCAAUUUACUGAAGUAACCAAUCAUCUAUCAGCAAAUUGGGAGUGAUGCUUUUGACAAUUAAAAAAGAAAAUAAUUUCCGUGGCAUGACAAGUAACAGCUUCAUAGGAUACAACUGGACAGCAAUAUUAAGAUGGCACAAUUUAAAAUGCAGGCUGUGAUUGGAUGGCAUUUAAAACGAUAAUAAUGGAACAAAUAAUGGAAUAAUGGGACUGUGAUUGUGAAGAAUAAUGGAACUGUGAUUGGUUGAAACUUUGAAAGGUGUCUGCUCAAAUGUGACUAGCCGCAUCUUUGAGCAAGAAUUGUGUGAUAAGACUUGGAACAGCUGUAUACAUGUAGGAGGCUACAUGACCGUGUUUGCUGAUAAACAUAUUGUAGAAAUUGCAGGCAUUGUUGUAUGUUUGCAGGGUACAUUUUCUGUUUCAUUACUUUUGUGAGGUGUGGCACAAGUUUGCAAAGUUUAAUGUGGUGGCAAAUAAUUAUACUGCUUCUGUAAUUUUAAAUAAAAUGAUAUUCUCAUCGUGUCUUGCUUCUGCAGGAAAUAGUGGUGGGCAGCAAUAUGGACAAAAUAUACAUUGUUAUGGACUAUGUUGAGCAUGACCUGAAGGUUCUUAUGGAACACAUGACACAAGGGUUUAGAAUUGGUGAGUGAGCAUUCCUAGAACAACAAUACUGAAACAGUCACAAGCGCCCAUUUUCUUGGAGACCCUUGAUUAUCUGCGCAGCAUGUGAAAUAGUAUAUAUGUUAAGAGUCUGCCUUCUGGGUGGGUACAGUUAAUUGCAUACCACAAUUGUUUACUGUCCAUAAAAGAACAGUUGAAUCCUCUAGCAAUAAUUGUUUGCAUAGUGUUACAGAGACAUCCAUGAACUUUCUUAGUGUUUCAAAACAAUUAUUAAAAUUAAUGUUAAAGAGCUUGACUACUGACAGGUUCCCAUGUUCAUCUCUCAUUUUAAUUUUAAUUUUUAUCUAGGUGAAGUCAAGACACUGAUGAUUCAACUUCUAAGAGCUGUUGUGCAUCUCCAUGACAACUGGAUUCUUCAUCGGGAUCUGAAAGCCUCUAACUUACUCCUCAGUAACAAGGGAAUUCUUAAGGUUCGUUUGAUUAAUGAAAUAAUAAGGGUUUAGAAAAGAACUCUACUUUGGUCGCAAGUUGUCCAUAAGACUUAACUCCUGGAGGAGUCAAGGUUGUGCCCCUAGAAACAUUGCUAAAGCUGUUAAGUGCAGUUCCUUCAUAAGCAGUUCACUUCUUUAUUUUAAUUUUUGUUAUCAUUAUCAUUAUUAUUAUUAUUUUCGCUAGAGUUCAAUAAGCUUGAAACUUGACUUAGCAAAAACACUUACUGUUUCUUUGGAAUUAAUUUGAUAACAGGUUGGUGAUUUUGGACUGGCAAGAGAGUAUGGCUCUCCUCUUAAGAGCUAUACACCUAUCGUUGUGACACUGUGGUACAGGGCACCUGAAUUACUGCUUGGCACCAAGGUACAUUGUACUGUAUAAUUUAGUCAUAGACAACAUUACCUAUUUCUUUUGAAGAAGCCUCUAAAUUCUUCCAUAUUCCAAAUAUUCUAGGUCCAGAUCCAGACAAUAAUAUUGUGCUCUUUUUAAUUAUUGAGGUAGAGGAGGCCAGCUAUUAUUAUUUAGCAAAGUCCAAUUAGUGGUCUGUUAUCAAUGCUGCAUUCUGAUUGGUUGAGCUACUACUACGCUAUAUGUUAUACCCCACCAGUAGCAAAAAGGGCCCGUCUUUGAAAACCAAAACAAUGGCAGCUGAAUCACAUUUUGCUAGCUAAAGUUGUUUUGUCCUGAUAUUUUUGACCGACUAGUUGGAUUUUACUAAAACAAUUAUUCCUCCCGCCCUCAUGGCCUCUGGGUCAAUAGCCCUAUUGACUCAGAGCCCAUUCAGACUCGAGGAAUAAUAAUUUAUAAUAAAAUAAUAAAAGAAUAUUUAUUGUUUGCAGAACUCUGAGAGCAUGUCUGUCCAGAAAUAAAGGCUUUUGAAAAACUGAUCUUACUUAGAGGUUUUUACAUUUUUAACACAUUGUCAUAUAAAUGGAAGAGAGAUGUGGCCCUCUCAACCCAUUAUGAUUUGCAAAAGCACAUUGAGAUUGUAUGUAUAAAUAAUAGUGCUUUUCGAAUUAAAUCGUAGUUGAAGGUUGUUGUAAUAUUUGACAAUUUGUCCUAUACUUGCGAAGGUCGAGGAGCCCUUUCCCCGCCCCCCCCCCCCCACCCCCGGCAAAAAAAAAAUCCAUCCAUGCAUACUAUCGUUCCAAGUUGACACAAAAUGAUUUCUCUUUAGCUCCAACUUUAGAUCGUGAAACACAAUAUUAUUUCAACAAGUUAUAUUUACCACCAUUCUUCUUAGUUAAAAUAAAAUACAACUCCGGGUAGUGAAAAGUAAAAAGUUACACCCAAAUGGUCGAACUUAAUGAUAUUCAAGGUUUUAGCCAGAAGGGUGUCCAGCUGUCCUAUGGACGCCCAUUUUUGGAAGACAUGCAAGGAAACUUCACUUAAUCUCUUAUGAUUUUAUGGGAAAACACGCCUUUUUGACGACCAGUUUUCAAUGUCUGGCUAGAAGCCUGCUUGUAUUGGAACCCACUGAACACGAGAUUCCCCCAACAAUGUUACAAGUAUGUGGAGGACUUCAUGUAUGUGUACUCCACCCCCUGAUAAUACAAAAGAGGUUGGACACCCUGUUCAUCUGCACAGUAAAUCCUCACGUUCUUCAGAACGCAUCCUAAUCUGGUGUUCCUGUGGCACAAAGGCAGAACUUUUCGAGCUCUCACGGGUGACUGCCAAUUAACCACCCCUAUAAAUUUUAUCAGGGGCAUCUCGGCCCUGGACUCCUUUCAACUCGAGUGACGAAUGUGGAUCCGUAAUCAAUGAUUACCUCUCAUAAUAUCAAUAUAUUGUAUGAUUAUUCACUGUUUAGUGAUUACAAAAUUCUUUGUUGUUAUAGGAAUACUCAACUCCCAUCGAUCUGUGGUCUGUUGGUUGUAUAUUUGCGGAGUUGUUGACGAUGAAGCCACUUUUCCCGGGCAAGUCGGAGAUAGAUCAGAUCAACAGAAUAUUUAAAGUAAGACUUUGUAUUAGCAUUGCAUAGAUGAAAAUUUGUUUAUUAUUUAUUCAAAAUGUUUCUCCGUUUCUCAUUGGCUCAAAUCACCCGGCUGAUUACUCGUAACCAGCUGUGUUUCGGGUAAAUCGUCUCUAUUAGAGUCAAGCCACUUAGCAAUAAAUUUACUAGUGUCAACGCUUAAUAAAAAAGAAAAGGCAUCACUUAAUGUUGACGUGCGUCGCUCAAAAACGCCUUUGCUUAACCUCCCUGUUAUCUUUUUUUUUUUUUCAGGAACUUGGAACUCCCAGUGACAAAAUUUGGCCUGGACCACCAUCUUACUCUGAACUUCCAGCUGUUAAAAAGGUU